AUGUCAAGGUUGCCCAAUCUUGCCUCCUCUCGUAUGAAUGAAAUAAGAAAAGUCUACAUAGAAGCCAACAAUAGAAUUGUUGAGGAAAUAGAUGCAGUAACAGAAAAGUUCUCAAAAGAAGUUGAGACCAUUCCUAACAUCUCGGCCAGCGUAAGGAUAUAUCUUGAAGAAAAAAUCAGAUCUAUACGUGAGUUUGUUGUCGAUAGUAUUGGAUUUUCAAUAGGCGAGUUUAGAGCCUUAUACAAUCCCGAUGGAAAUGAAAGCAUAAAAACGAGAAGAUUUCCAAAGUUCAUAACCGAGGCACUAGAAAGGAGCUUUGAGAUUGACCAAUAUCCGUCCGAAGCCGAAAAGUCAAGACUUGCAAAAAUAUGUAAACUUUCGACAAAGCAAAUAAACAACUGGUUUACGAACAAAAGAAAUAGAAGCAAAAGCCAUGAUGGGGGUAGGCAGUACUAG